AUGCAAAUCAAGGGUACCUACGACGUCGUCCUCGUCCCUCUCGUCCUCCCCACCGCCUACCUCGUCCAGACCUUGCCCCCCUCGAUCCGCUCCAUCCAACCCUCGCCCUUUAUCCCCUUUACAAGUCAGCAAAUCGCCGCCCUCGGCAUCGACGCCACCGACUUUGACCCCGACACACACCACCCCGUCAUGCUCGAGCUGGGCUACCAGCACUCGACCGGCCCACCGCCCUUUGGCCUCAACUUCCAAGAGGCCAAGCUCGAGAUCCUCGGCAUGCGCCACCCGCACGCCCCCUCGGCAUCCCGCCAGGGCUACGUCUUCAAGCAGCACAUCCUGUUUGACUCGUUUGUGCUCAACCUCUCGUCCAACUGGCUAGCCGGCCUCCGCUCCGCCCGCACCACCUUCUCUCCCAAACAGUCGCCCGCAUCCUACCCCGCAUCGCACCAGGGCACGCUGCACUACAAUGUCGAAAACUUUGUCGAGGCCACGUUUGAACGCACCACCGACGACACGCAGGAGACGGCGGCCGCCGCUGAGCUCAUCCGGUGGGCGGGCAGGCCAUGGUACGGCGCAAGGACGCCCAGAGCCACCUUGACCCAAUUCAACUUUGAUCUGUCGACGCAGGCGUUUGAGCCGGUGGGCUACGAGGGCGUGGUGAGGAUGCGGCCCGAGGCGUUUCUGGACGCGUCGGCAUCGUCGCAGGGCGUCGAGGGGCUGUCUGGUGCGGAAUGGAUCGAGAUGGACAAGGUGCGGGCAUGGCGCUUCAAGGCAAGCUUUGCCAGCGAGGACUCGAAGGUGACAGAUCGGGCCUGA